AUGGCGGUCGAUACCAGCUACCUGACCACCCAGGUCAACAACAUUGUCUCUCAGCUUCAUGGCAUCUUCGAUGAGAUUGGUAUUCCUGGCCAUGAGCGCGACUCCCGUGAAGCAGAGCUCUUCAACGCAUUGUCGGAGACUUUAAAUAAUCAUCUCAAGCUUGUGGAUGAUGAGAAAAAUGAGAUGACACAAGAAGCACACCAGCUCAUUACCGCCAUUAAACAAAUGGAAGAGUCGUUAGUAGAUGAGAAAGCCAACGGCCAGUACAACCUGGACCACAAUGACUUGCGCAUCUCCUACCCACUGAAUCGCUGUCUUAAUUUCCUGCGCGAGAAACAUUCCGCGCUCAGUAAACUGCAUCGCGAACGCUUUGAACAGGUUAAGAAGCUCGUCGAAGCCCUUGAAUCAUAUUCGUCUCAUCUUGAGCCUUCCUUCGUCAGCAUCGACCUUCCCCCCACCGCACCAGGCUCUUCGAUUGCUCCCAGCUUCGACCUCUCCCCGUCAUACGUCACGGCGCUAGACAACGAAUUCACACGAGUCUACGAAGAAUACCACCGACGGCUCGAAUUCGUCCAGAGCACCUGCGAGGAGAUUAUCAAGCUCUGGGCUGAGCUUGGAACUCCCCAGGUGCAGACCGACUCCAACAUCGUUAAGAACUACCGCGAGUCCCCUGAACAGCUGGGCCUCCAUGAAUCCGACUUGGCUAGCCUGGUAGGAAAGCGGGAGAAGUUGCUGGAGGAGAAGCGCGGCCGCGAGCGCAAGUUGAAGGAGCUCCGGAAUGCGGUGGAGAGUCUCUGGGAACGCUUUGGGGUGGAGGAAGGUGAUCGAAAGGCAUUCCUCGCCGCCAACCGUGGUUGUGGCCUCCGAACUAUCAACGAAUUCGAAGAAGAGCUGGCACGCCUGAACGAAUUGAAGAGGCAAAACCUGCACCUCUUCGUGGAGGAUGCCCGCUGCCGCCUCCAGGAACUUUGGGAUAGUCUGUAUUUCUCCGAAGAGGAGAUGCUCGACUUUACCCCAGCAUUCUCCGAUGUUUACAGUGACGCCCUGCUCGAAGCCCACGAAGGCGAGAUUGCGCGUCUCGAGGCCUUGAAGGAGCAGCGCGCACCCACCCUUAGUCUUAUUGAUAGACACCGCAGUCUUCUUUCGGAACGUGAAGCGUUGGCCAUCUCCAGCCAGGAUGCAUCUCGUCUCAUGGCCCGUGGAAACAGGGGGGAGAGACGGGAUCCUGGUAAACUCCUAAGAGAGGAAAAGAUGCGCAAGAGAAUUGCAAAAGAGCUGCCCAAAGUGGAGGCUGACUUGCGGAAGGAAUUGGAACGGUGGGAAGAGGAGUACGGGCGACCCUUCCUCGUCCACGGCGAGAGAUAUCUCGAUGAACUCGCCCCGGUCGUCACCAAGCCUCCGCCUCGUUCAAAGACACCCUCCGCUCCUCCCAGCAGCACGCGCGGCUCUGUCAGGUCCCAGGCCUCUUCGCGUCCUGGCAGUGUGAUGAGAGGACCUCCACCACCGCGCUCGGCUACUAAGACGCCAACAGCAGCUGGAUCGACCAAAUAUAACACGAUUGGACCUUCCAGAGGGGGAGCAAAGUCGCCUACCAAAAUCCCAGCCCGUGUCCCUCUGAGUAACAUGCCGCAUGGCAACAAUUCACCUGACCGUCGUGGGACCCCUGGGGCUUACUCUUCGAACACUAUGAGCGGAAAGAUCCCCGGCUCUCGCGCACCACCUCCGAGAAUGCGCGCAUUGACGGGUGGAGAGAACCGAGACGAGCGUGGAAGCUACAACUUUGAACCCCCGCGGUGUGCUAGUGCUCUCUCCAAUGCGUUUGUCCGCCCCGUUAGUCCGGAAGAUGUCUACGACGACCGCAACCAACGCUCUUUCAUGAGCUCAUCCAUCUUCUCCCAGAGAUCUGCUGGAUUUUCCCAAUCGUCACAUUCGUCCGCCUCCUCGUUGUCUUUGAACUCUUCGAUACAAGCCUUCCCCCGACCGAACCCCUACCUGCAGCGCCCUGCUCCACCUCCAGCACCUCGGCAAGUGUCCAAUUCCUCGACCGUCACCACCACGAAUUCGGGCUCAGAGAACUGGGAGACGUUCGACGAUGCGUCCGAGUCUGAAGCAGAUGCCAGUGAAGUCUAUUACGCCAAGCUCUCUGCUGCUCAUGGCAAGAGAAUAGCCCCCGAGGACAACCAGCCGAUUUCCCUGGGUGGAAAGAAGGCCAAGGGUAUCCGCAGCGUCAGCCCUGAUGAGCCCGCCGUCCACCAGCAUGGACAGAUGCUGCGUAUUCGCGGCAGUGAUGCAGAGUGGACGGAUGACAUGGAGGCUUAUUAG